AUGGCCACCGAGAUGCGUUGUUUCCUACAAACGGCACAGGGUCGUGCCGUGAUGGAGGAGCAAAGAAAACGGAAGACGAUUCUUCCCGAUCCCGGCUCUAUUUAUUUCGACUUCUUUUGUUCUGUAAGUCUUAUGAUUGGAGUUUGUUGGGUAAAUGAUCUUUAUCUUUUUGAGAUGAUUAUUAUCACACGAGCUCAUGCCUAAAGAGACCCGUCCGGUUUGCAUUGCGCCGCUGGCCCUACUAGAUCAUUUUUGACCAUUUCUUUCUAUUUAAUGAAAUGAACAAGCUGUUUUUGAUCUUAAUAGAUAAACAUUACAGAAAAAACGACUUUUUACUUACUAAAUACGGAUUUCUCAAACUAGGCUAUUUUUUCGAUACUUGCUGUCGUUCGCAACAACUUCGUUAUUAAUACAGAAAUUUUAUUUUCGAUUAUUCUAAUUGUGUUUUUCUUAAAACUUGUCUGUUCUUCCGCACAAAAAACUCGUUAUUAACGGAGAUAUCGCCUAAAAACCUCGAUCGGUGUUUGCACAAUUGAAACCUACAGUGUGCCAAACCGGACGGGUUGAACAAAUGUCUGAUUGGGAACCGCACAGCACUUUGAUACAGCGUGGAUUUUAUUUUUGGAAGUUUUCUAACAAAAAAGGUCUUGAAGCAAAGCAUGGCCAAGUUUGAUCCAAUUUCGCAUUUUUCGCGAAAAAGAGAAAAGCUGGCGCAAAAUGGUUUAUAAUAUACGCGCCACAGGAAAAAAGAACAUAAGAAAAUUCUAUGUAUUUUAUAAGACCAGUUUCAUUAAUUAUUUCGGAUUUAAUUAGGCAAUUAUCAUUUUCCAGGUCACACCGGGAUGCCUAAGGGUCAAGCAGUUUUUCUACCCGUCCAAGUUGCCAUUGGCUGUCCCUUGGGAAAAUAUUAAGAAGGUUCAUUUCUUCAUCAGUUUACGGCCAUCGAAAAGUUGAAAUAUUUUCCAGCUGUAUUAUUAUGGUCAGAAGGCUGAAGGAGAGGUCUCGAUAGGAUAUGACAAGGAAGGCGUUUGGUGGGCGAGUGAUGAGUUCAGGUAUUUUUGGAAAAUGAAAUUUUGUCAGAAUUGGUAAAUUUUCAGAGUCAAAAAGCGACAAAUAAUCGUUCACAACGUCCGCAUCGAGAGGAACGUCGAGCCGAGUCGAAUCGGAUUCACCGUACAUCACAUCGUUCCGUUCUUAGAAGCUUGUAGAAUGUUGCUGCCUUUCGAGUGCCAUGUUUCUGGAGAAUUCUGA